AUGAUGAAGAGAUGUACAGAGAAUAUUGAUGGUCUCAAUAAUCUUCCAAUUCUGAUCCGCGAUGUUCUCGAUCUGGACGAUCAGUUUGUUCGACAAGGACGGCGAUGGCACAAUCACCACCAAGGGAUUGGGAACUGUUAUGCGUUCUUUGGGACAAAAUCCGACUGAAGCCUAGCUUCAGGACAUGAUCAACGAAGUGGACGCUGACGGAAACGGAACCAUCGACUUCCCAGAGUUCUUGACGGUGAUGGCCCGCAAGAUGAAGGGCACGGACAGUGAAGAGGAGAUUCGUGAGGCGUUCCGAGUUUUCGACAAGGACGGAAAUGGCUUCAUCUCUGCCGCUGAGCUGCGCCACGUCAUGACCAACUUGGGAGAAAAGCUGACGGACGAAGAGGUCGACGAGAUGAUCCGUGAAGCCGAUAUCGACGGAGAUGGACAAAUUAUGAGGAGUUCGUCACCAUGA